UAACAGUUAACCGAUAGCAAUUAUGAACAUCGUGAGGUAUUUAGUGGUUUUGUUCAUCACUUUCGCAGGGGCCUUAACGGUACCAGUUGCACAAGAAAGUGAAAACUUAACAGAUGACGUAGAUUACUCACAGAAUGAAAUAGUCAGAAGAACUCCGAAUUUUGUCAUGAAAUGUUCGAUCUCGUCAAAGGAUAUAAUGAGUUUUCUAAGCUGCGCAGCGGAAGAAACCCUCUCCAUUAUACGACGAGUUUCUAAAAUCAGAUCUCUAGACAUCCUACCGGGAUUAUCAGCAGUGAGUAACGGCGAAGAGUCAAGAAAAACUGAGGAAGUGCAACUACCUGCAGACCCAAAUCAAAAAUUUUUCAAACUUGUAGAAAUGAUUUUUGAUGCUACAAGCGAAUUCAUAUCGGGGCGCACCAUAAAGGUAGAAUUUCCCGAUUUUCCAGAAACUUCUGCUGCUAUUUCCGGAGAAGAAGCGCGCGGUAAGAAGAAAAAGAAGAGACAAAUUUUCGAUCUGAUAUUGAAAAUUCUUGCAAUCAAACUCAUGUCCUACGGACCUGCAAUUGCAAUAGUUGGAGGUAUUGCACUUAAGGCUUUAUUGGCCGCAAAACUCGCUUUCAUUCUUGCUACAGUUUUGGGUGUGCAAAGUUUAUUUGGAAGUUCAGGGGGUGGUAUAGCGGCGUUUUUCAAAGGUAACUCAGGUGGAGGUUCAAAUCAAGGAUGGAACUCAAACAUGGGAGGUUGGGAAAGUCCUCAUGGAAGUGGGGGUGGUUGGGACAGAUCUUUUAAAUUUGAAGACGAGCAUAAUCAAGGCAGCAUAACAGCCCAGGAAUUAGCAUAUUUGCAACAAAAGCCUUACUAG